AUGGUACAAUACAAACUCACCUAUUUUGACGCUCGUGGACUCGGCGAAACCGCCCGUCAACUGUUCGUCCUCGCGGGAGUUCCGUUCGAGGAUAAUCGGCUCUCGGUGGAAGAAUUUCAGAAGUUGAAGCCAAGUUUGUCUUUUUUGUAUCAAAUCUGAUAACAUGUACAGUGUUCAGGUCUUCCGUCCGGACAAGUGCCAAUUCUCGAGGUGGACGGCUUUGAAAUUUCCCAAUCCGCUGCCAUUUGGAGGUAUUUGGCAAGAAAAUUCGGUGAGCGUUUCGUGUGUUUUAAAUUUUGCACAAUACAAUACCUUUAGGAUACGCCGGAGAGACUCCAGAAGAAGAAGCCACUGCCGACUCCAUAAUCGAUCAUUUCAAAGAUUUCCUUGUCAGCUUCAAGCACUACGGAGCCGGACUUUUCUUCGGAAAAACUCAGGAAGAAUUGGUAGGAUUAUUGCUUUCAACGCACAAAACAUUGUUUCAAAAAACUCUUCCAGGACCGUGCUCGCAAAGAGAUUGUGGAGCCUGCGACCAAGAUCUAUUUCUCAGUGCUCAAAAAGUAUUUGGACAAGAAUGCGGCCGAUUUGCUCGUUGGAGACAGCAUCACUUACGCGGAUCUGGCGAUUGCUGAAAAUCUGACAACACUCAAAAAUACAGAGUUUUUCAAGCCGGAAGAGGAGAAACAGCUGGCGUCGUUCCUUCAAAAAGUUCAAGAGACGCCCAAGUUGAAAGAGUACUUGGAGAAUCGAAAGUUCUCGACUUUGUAA